AAUCUCUUGUACUUUGGCUUGAGUUGAAGUCGACAACACCGGCCUCGACUCAUCUAAAAUUCAUUACUUGAAGCGAAAAGCGAACCUCAGAGAUUCUGACUGGGUUGUACGGCACAGUGCUGAUCAGAGCAAGACGAUGAGGUUCCGGUCUUACUUUCCUAUUCUUCUCCUUUUCUUUGUAAUGAAAGUUUCAUCUGUGAUAUCUUACACUUGGCCUUCCUGCAAUAAUGACUCAAUUUACAGCGACGGCAGUCCAUAUUCUGGUAAUCUGAAUCAAGUCAUGAAUGAUCUGCUCAGAAAUAUACCUCAAAGUUCAGGGUUUAAUACCUCUUCCUUUGGUCAAACGCCCAACAAGGUCUAUGGCCUUUUGCAGUGUAUUGGGAACGUAUCAAUAAAAAAGUGCUCAGACUGUGCACAAAACUCAAAUAAUUCUUUUGAGGAAGUUUGCCCCAACUCCAUAGGUGGAUUGAUAUUGAAGGAUGACUGUUUUCUGCGCUAUGACAACUAUAGUUUCUUUUCACAACUAGAUAACGUCCCAGAAUAUGAUUGGUUCAAAGGUGACAUUUCAGCCAAUAUCGAUGAUUUCAAGACUACAACCUCUAGUCUUCUCUAUAAUCUGUCUACUUUAGCUUACAACCCUGCGAAUAAGGGAUUCUCUAUGGGAUCAGCCAACUAUUCCAAAUCUAAUAGUGUAUACGGGUUCGUUCAAUGUUGGAGAAGUUUAUCCAUCAAGGAUUGCAAAGAAUGCUUGUUUCGGGCAAGGAAUAUUCUGGAGGAUUGUUGUUCUGGGAAAGAAGGAGCCCAGGCUAUGUCAAAAAGCUGUAUGGUCAAAUUUGACAUAUCCAAAUUUUUCGACAUUACACAGUCAUCACCGCUUCCAACGCCUCCUUUCCCAGAAGCUUCUCCGCCGAUUACAAAAGGCCCGAUCCAGCCAAAGAAGAAAUCCUUGAAAAUAUUACACAUAAUUUUUGGAGCUGCCGGAGGCCUGACUCUGGUGUUGAUUAUUUGUUUAAUUGCAAUGGGAAAAAGACUGAGACCUGCCGUAUUUGCUAGGCCAGAUACUCAAAUUACGUCCCACGUAAAAGGAAGGCAUGGAUAUUUCCCAGAAUCGGGUUUUCUCAUACAUGACCAGCAACAUUUUCUCAUCAGCUUAGAGGAAAUGGCAGAAGCCACACAAAAUUUUCAUGUAAAUAACAAACUUGGAGAGGGAGGCUUUGGAGCAGUAUACAAGGGAACGACUAGAGAUGGAAAGGAAAUAGCAGUUAAAAAGCUUUCUGGCAGAUCUAGCCAAGGCGAUAGAGAGUUUAUGAACGAAGUGAAGCUGAUGGCCAAGCUUGACAACCGAAACCUUGUGAAGCUAUUGGGAUGUUGUAUUGAGGGAGAUGAAAGAUUGUUGGUUUAUGAAUAUUUUCCUAACAGGAGUUUGGACACUUUUAUCUUUGAUAAAGAAAAGCGCAAACAGUUAGAUUGGGAAAAGCGUUUUAACAUUAUCUUUGGAAUUGCCCGAGGUCUUCUCUACCUUCAUGAAGACUCAGAACUGAGAAUCAUUCACAGAGAUAUUAAAGCAAGUAACAUUAUGCUCGAUGAUAAACUCAAACCUAAAAUAGCAGACUUUGGUUUAGCGAGACUUUUCCCUGGAGAAAAGACGCUAACACAAACACAAUUAGUUGCAGGAACAUACGGUUACAUGGCCCCAGAGUAUGUAAUGGGUGGACAGCUUUCAGUUAAGACUGAUGUUUAUAGUUUUGGGGUGCUAUUGCUUGAGAUUGUAAGCGGAAGGAAAAUCACACAUUGCAAUCUUUCCCAUCAAACCGAGAAUCUGUUCGAUUGGGCAUGGAGACUAUAUAGAGGAGGAGAUGUUUUGCAGAUGGUUGAAUCAACAAUAGUAGAAAGUUGCCAGCCGGAGCAGUUGCUACGAUGCAUUCAUGUUGGUCUUCUGUGCGUACAAGCUGGUGCGACUGUUCGUCCAGAUAUAUGGAAGGUGACUGUGAUGAUCUCCGGCGAUGCAGUGAUGUUGCCCAGUCCAAUAAGGCCUUGCAUUGUCAAUGUUUCAGAAUCGAAAGUAUUAGAAGGGCACACCGACAUGGUUGCAUCUGUAAACGAAGCCUCUGUUACCAAGAUGGAACCGAGAUAAGCAGGAGUUAUAAUACCAGAAAUUACUGAUUUGGGAUCAUGAUCACAAAGAGUUGUUUAAUGUGGCCCUAAUUUCGUGGCAAAUUGCCCUAACAACAUUCACGGACAUUUUGACGCUGAAAGCGUGUGUUAUUUGAAAAGCACAACCUAUCUUUCAGGAUCAACGGUUCAGAAAAGACGUGCAAGACGAGUGACUGCCAUCAAGCACAGGAAAAAUAAUGAUAGAGUAGUUGUGUACUCACCCGCUUUCCGUGAGCCUCGAGUUUGCCACUGUAAAAGAUAAGAUAUGAUAUAAAGUUUAUCAAU